UCAAAUUUAUAGUCCAACUUAUUUUUCUAUAACCGGGAUAGUCUUGGAUGACAGAUGCCAUUAAACCUGAUAGUGGUAUGUACUAGCAAAUAUAACCCUAAACAAAGCCUAUUAUUACUUGCAGCCUCACUAUUUCUGCAACUCUCCUCUCUUCCCUUUGUAAUAAAAAUCCCCUCACUCUAAUACCCACAAAUCUCCUCAGAUCAACAACCCACAAAAUGGCCAUAAGGACACCGAUUUUUCACUUUUUUGCUUAAUACCACCUCGUCCUUGUGCCAUUUCUCAACCACUACUACAUCUGAUUGUCACCAUAGCUACCUGACCACUAUUCUGUCCCAAUACAAUACACAAGCUCAUCAAUCUUUCUUGAUCCCACUUGAAGACCAACAACACCAUCUGAGAAGUUCUCCAUCCACACCCGUUCUUCCAAAGCAAACUCUCUCUCUUUCUCUGUAUUAGCUGCAGGUGAUUGAUGGCUGAUCAGAAGCACAGAAUCCUGAUGGUUUCAGAUUUUUUCUUUCCCAAUUUUGGUGGUGUUGAGAGCCAUAUUUAUUAUCUAUCUCAAUGCCUGCUAAAGCUUGGUCACAAGGUGGUUGUUAUGACUCAUGCUUAUGGUAAUCGCUCUGGGGUGAGAUACAUGACUGGUGGCCUUAAAGUUUACUAUGUACCAUGGAGACCAUUUCUUAUGCAGAACACCUUGCCAACUGUUUACGGGACGCUUCCAAUUGUAAGGACUAUCCUUGUUCGAGAAAAAAUAUCAUUGGUGCAUGGACAUCAAGCCUUCUCAACUCUUUGUCAUGAAGCGUUGAUGCACGCACGCACCAUGGGUUACAAAGUUGUAUUUACUGAUCAUUCACUCUAUGGUUUUGCUGAUAUCGGAAGCAUUCACAUGAACAAGGUGUUGCAAUUCACUUUAGCAGACGUGAGCCAGGCCAUUUGUGUUUCUCAUACAAGCAAGGAAAACACAGUGUUACGGUCAGGUCUACCACCAGAAAAGGUUUUCAUGAUACCAAAUGCUGUGGACACUGCUAUGUUCAAGCCAGCCCCAGAGCGACUUGGCAAUGAUGAAAUUAUUAUUGUUGUGAUAAGUAGAUUGGUUUAUCGAAAAGGCGCAGACUUGCUUGUUGAAGUCAUUCCAGAAAUUUGCCGUUUGUAUCCUAAUGUCAGGUUCAUUGUUGGAGGAGAUGGACCUAAACAGGUAAGGCUGGAAGAGAUGAGGGAAAAACACUCUCUUCAAGAUCGAGUUGAAAUGCUGGGUUCUGUACCACAUGCUCAUGUACGCUCUGUCUUGAUUUCUGGCCAUAUAUUUCUAAACAGUUCUUUGACAGAGGCGUUCUGCAUAGCCAUUUUAGAGGCAGCUAGUUGUGGGUUAUUAACAGUCAGCACACGCGUAGGAGGUGUACCUGAGGUUCUACCAGAGGACAUGAUUGUACUUGCAGAACCUGAUCCUAGUGAUAUGGUAAGAGCAACUGGAAAGGCGAUAUCUCUACUUCCAAAUAUUGAUCCGCAACAGAUGCAUAAUCGUAUGAAGAAACUCUAUGAUUGGCAUGAUGUUGCAAAACGAACAGAGAUUGUUUAUGACCGUGCUUUGAAAUGUCCCGACCAAAAUUUGUUAGAACGACUCUCACGGUACCUCUCUUGUGGUAGCUGGGCAGGCAAGAUUUUCUGCUUCGUUAUGAUAAUUGAUUUCUUGCUAUGGCGUCUGCUGCAACUAUGGCAGCCAACAGAGGAGAUUGAGGAGGUGCCUGAAUUUACUUUACCCCGUCAUCAAGAUGAGGAAAUAAUCUCAAAUUUCAACUAGGAACAAAAUUUGGGGUGACAUUGUAGGUUUAAAGUCCUCUUGGUUCAUAUAGAUGGCUGUUGGUUUUGGGUUCCAUAGCAGAGGACUCCUCUUCCUUCCAUAUAAUUUCUUUCAUCCCUGCGUGUGAGAUGAAUUUUGAUAUCAGAUCACUUUGUUUCAUAUAUUGAUUUAGCUAGUUAUUAAUUAAAUCUUAUGAAAUUUGUUUGCAUGUA